AUGACACCCAGCGGUCACUUACAUAUUCUGCAACCCAGUAGACAUAGCGUUACGGCCGGCACUCGCCGUAUGGACUGCGAGUCAAACCUGACAUCAGUAGUGGUUUCGUACGAGAAAAAAUUCAAAUGUAAUGAAGAAAAUUGUGAUAAAAAAUUUCGUCGUAAAUCAUAUUUAAUUGUUCACAAACGCAUUCAUUCGGGAGAAAAACCAUUUGUUUGUCAUUUAAAUGAUUGCAACAAAACAUUUAGUAAUUCUACGAUUUUAUGGAAGCAUAAGAAAAUAAUUCAUACAACUGUUCGAAAAUAUAAAUGCCUAUCAAAUGAUUGCGGAAAAUGUUUUGUCGAUAAAACUUUAUUAACAGAUCACAUGAAUGCCAAACAUUUAAAUAUAAAGCCAUUCAAAUGUGUUGCGAAUAAAUGCCACAAAUCCUAUACUAAUAAAUCAAAAUUAAAGCUUCAUAUAAAAUUAAAACAUUCAACACCUUUAUAA